CACCCCUUCCUUUCAUUCCGAUUUUUUGACAGAAUCCGUUUCUUUUCACAUUUUAAUUAAUUUCUUAUCAUUUUUAUAAUAAUUAAGUGUUUAAUUAUGUUUAUUCAUCAAGAAUCGAUUCUUUCUUAGACACUCCUUCGUAAGUAGUUAGUUUUUAUCCACUCAAAAUUCUUCUUUAAAGUAAUCUUUGUUUUAAUUAAUCUUGGGUUGAGGUUAAAAAUGAUUAUCAAGAUUUUCGGGUUUAUUAUUGUAGAGAUUUCUCCAAUUUUUUAACUUAAUAACAAUUUUCAUUUUAAAUCAAUAAUUUUAUUAUUAAUAUUUCUUAGAAAAUUAGUUACUUUUCAUUUUAGAUAAAAUUAGGGUUGGCACCCCUUCCUUUCAUUUUAAUCUUUUUGACAGAAUCCGUUUCUCUUCACAUUUUAAUGAAUUUCUUAUCAUUUUUAUAACAAUUAAGUGUUUAAUUGUGCUAAUUCAUCAAGAAUCGAUUCCUUUUUGGUUAUUCCUCGGUUAUAAGUUCAAAAAGAGAUGGCGCCACACGACAACUUGACGUUUUGAUUUGUGACUAAAUUUAUUAAAUUCUUCGUUAUGGUUCUAAAUUGGAAAGUUUUGAUCGAAUAUGGGUUUAAAUUCAACAAUUUCAUCUCAUCGUCAAGGUUAUAAGAUCAAAAACAGAUGGCGCCACACGAUAUAACUUGACGUUUUGAUUUGUGACUAAACUUAUCAAAUUCUUCGUUAUGGUUCUAAAUUCGAUCGUUGGAGGAGAAGAUUCAACAAUUUCAUCUCAUCGUCAAGCCAAAGGUAUGGUCUGGGGAGAUUGAUUUAUGAGGCGGAGAUGAAGAUGUUGUGAUAUUUCCCAUUCCAAGGACAACAGCAACAACAACAACAGCCAAAGUAAAAUGAAUCUUUCGCAAGAAGUUAUUACACGACGUAAAAUAUGCAAGAAAAAAAAAUCGUUCGAGCAAAUUGACUUUGCUUGUCCUACAAGAAUCACUCAAGUUGUUUAACGAAUAAUUAUGUUGAUUCGUUGUAAAUAAUUAUUCAAGCGCCAUGAAUACUUCAAAAAUAUUCUUAAUAGUCUUGGUGUCAUCGCUAAAUUUGAGUGUACAUGGUUCUUAUGAUGAAUAUUACAAAGAAUCUGUUGCGAAAUUUGGAGAAUAUCUCACCGUUUUUUCGAAUUAUUUAAAAGGGCCGAUUAUUUCCGAUCCAAUAUAUGAUAAAGAUGUUGAAAUAUAUGAUUUUAUUAUCGUUGGAGCUGGAACUGCAGGUUGCGUUUUAGCCAACCGACUCUCCAAAAUUUGGGGGUGGAAAAUCCUCCUUUUAGAAGCAGGAAUCCCCGAAAACCCAAUUGGUAAAAUCCCCGUUAUCGCCCCAAUCCUACAAACCACCCAAUAUAAUUGGCAUUACAAAACAAUCCCGCAAAAAACGGGGUGUCUUGGCAUGAUUAAUAACACUUGUAACCAAAUCUCUGGUAAAUCAAUGGGAGGCUCAUCAGCGAUAAACGAUAACAUUUACACCAUUGGUAACCAAAAUGAUUACAAUGAAUGGAGCAAAACCGGAAAUAACUCCAAUUGGAGUUACACCAAAGUCUUACCUUACUUCAAAAAAGCCGAACACGUUAAUUUAUACGAUUACGACGAAGAUUACCACGGAAAAGACGGCCCAAUCAACACCGAGCUCCAAAAGAACCCCUCAAAAAUCCGAAAACCCUUCCUAAAAGCUUUAAAACAAUUAAAUUAUUCCAUUUUAGAUUACAACGGAAUGAAUCAAAUCGGUUUUAACGAUCCCCAAGUAACCACUUUCCACGGGAAAAGACGCAGCGUUUCUUCAGCGUAUUUAGAAGGAUUAGAACGAGAUAAUUUGAUCAUAAAAACUUCAAGUUACGUCGAAAAAAUUUUAUUCAAAGAUGAUAAAAAAGUAGUCGGCGUUGUUUAUCGAAGAAAUGAUAAAUAUUUAAUUGCGAAAGCUCGAAAGGAAGUUAUUUUAUCAUCGGGCGUUUUUAACACGGUUAAAAUACUUCAAUUAAGUGGGAUAGGACCCGAAGACGAAUUAAAUAAAUUAGGGAUAAAAACGAAAAUUAAUCUCCCCGUUGGGAAAAAUUUUAAAGACCACGUAGCGUUUUUAGGCUUACACUUUGUAUUUAAUUGUCAAAAAUUUAAUGAUAUAACUUCAAAAGAUAACAUUUUAAAUUGGUUGUUUUACGGCGAAGGAGAAUUAACUAGUUGCGGAAUCGACGUUUUAGGAUUUUUAAAUUCACGUUUAAACACGAAUAGAAAUCAUCCCGACUUGGAAAUUGCUGUAUCACCGAUUAAUUUCAACCAAAAUUAUCGGAUAAUCCACCAACUCACUAAUUUUAAUAAAACAACUUAUGAUUCAUUUUGGCAAAACACUGAAUUUAACGAAUCCUUCACCGUUUUAGUCAUUUUAUCACGCCCUAAAAGCGUUGGAACGGUUAAGAUUAAGUCGGAAAAUCCCCACGACUCACCUUUAAUUGAUCCUAAAUAUCUUGAACAUCCCGAUGAUGUUGAAACGAUACUCGAUGGUAUUAAAAAAGUUUUAGAAAUUGCUAACACAACCGAAUUUCGCCGACUUAACGCGACCCUAAAUGAAAGGAUGGUUGAGGGGUGUGAUCGAUUUAGAUCGUUGAACGAUGAUUAUUGGAGAUGCGCUAUUAGGAGGUUGCAUGUCGGGGUUUAUCAUGGAAUGGGAACUUGUAAAAUGAGCACAAAAGAUGAUGGGGGGGUUGUUGAUGAGAGACUGAGGGUUUAUGGGGUCGAAAAUUUGAGGGUUGUAGAUGCAAGUGUUAUUCCUAAUGCUAUAACGCCACAUACAAUGGCCCCUGUUGUUAUGAUUGGGGAGAAAGCUGCUGAUAUCAUUAAGGAGGAUUGGGAACAUUAAAACAUUUUUAUAUUCUCCUUUAA